UGUGUGAGUGUGAGUGUGGAAUGUCAUUGUUGAUAUUUUUGGGUUUGCCUUUUUGGACAAAUUAAGAAUUCUGGAGGCGCAUUCGUGUCAAGGAAGUGUUUGUCAAAUGGUGAAUAAAUGUCUGUGAAGCCAAUAAAAAUGCCGUCGGCGACGAAAGAUUCUACUAUUCUGAAGAUCGCGGUGGAAAUGCUCAACGCGCCCGACAAGGUGCCGCAGUUGAUUGAAUUCGACCAAAGUCAGCCUCUUUCCAGUAUCAUUCAGCUCCUGUGCAAGGCGUGGGGCCUUCCUGACCCCGUCAACUACGCUUUGCAAUUCUCAGAAAGCAACAAUCAGAACUAUAUCACUGAAAAAAAUCGCAAUGAAAUCAAGAACGGAUCCGUGUUACGUCUCGAGCAGUCCCCUGCAAAGACGGUUCAAGACAUCCUGGCCAAGAUCAACACGGGCACGGAGGCCGAACAAACAACAGCAUUGACCAAAUUAUCCACAGUAAGCAGCGAUCUCACAUUCGCCCUUGAAUUUAUCAACAAGAAAGGUUUGUCACUCAUCAUACACAAUAUAGAGUCAGGAAAGUUCAAAGGUAGCAGCUUGAAGUAUGCCUUAGUCACGUUCGUGGAACUCAUGGAUCAUGGUAUAAUAUCUUGGGACAUUUUACAAAACCAGUUCAUCAAUAAGGUUGUCAGCUUUGUUAGCAACCAAACAAAUGCACAAGACCCAAAGAUCAUUCAAUCGUGCUUGUCUAUUCUUGAAAAUAUUGUACUUAAUAGUUCUGGAAAGAACUCCCAUGUUGAGAAGGAGAUUACCAUACCUAGUCUCAUUUCACAUUUGGAAAAUCAAGACAUUAUUAUACAGCAAAAUGCAAUAGCACUCAUCAAUGCUAUUUUCUCAAAAGCAGACAUCACUAAAAGGAAGACCAUAGCUGCCACAUUGUGCUCUAAGCAGGUCAGAAAUAAGAUUUAUGAGAACCUCAUUACUAAGAAUGUCUCUAAGGAGGGAUUGGGUACUGAAUUAGCACACCAACUUUAUGUAUUACAAACACUGACAUUAGGGUUAUUGGAGCCCAAAAUGCGCACUCGAGCAGAUGCCCAGGAACAAGAAUCACAAGAAAAAAUUAAGGAACUCAGAAAGUUUGCAUUUGAAAAUGAUAACAACACCAAUAUUGAGGUCACAACUAGACGCCAGACUGGAAGCUUGUCAAAAGACUUUAAAAAACUUGGUUUCAAAUGUGAAAUUGAUCCCAUUAAGGACUUCAGUGAGACGCCGCCUGGUGUUUUAGCAUUAGAUUGUAUGUUGUACUUUGCUAGGAACCAGCGUGAAGACUACACUAAAAUUGUUCUAAGAAAUAGUUGCAGAGCUGAUGAACAAGAGUGUCCAUUUGGUAAAACUAGUGUAGAGUUGGUUAAGCUUUUGUGUGACAUACUGCACAUUGGGGAACCACCGAGUGAACAGGGACAGACAUAUCAUCCUCUCUUCUUCACUCAUGACCAUCCAUUUGAGGAACUAUUUUGUAUUUGCAUAGUCAUACUCAAUAAGACUUGGAAAGAAAUGAGAGCUACUACAGAAGACUUUGUUAAAGUACUCAGUGUUGUGAGAGAACAAAUAAGCAGGGCACUGGCUGCAUCCCCAAAGAGUUUCGAGAAAUUCAAACAAAAGAUCAAAGAGUUGACGUACAAUGAAAUAACACAUCUAUGGCAGCAAGAGCGCACCAAUAGAGAAGUCUGGGAGUCCCACGCUAGACCAAUAGUUGAGUUGAAAGAGAAAAUAACCCCUGAAAUUAUAGAUCUCAUUCAGCAACAAAGACUAGGAGUACUAGUGGGCGGCACAAGGUUUAAGAAGUACAUGAAAAUCAAUAGAAAGGAUCGGUUUUGGUUUGUUAGAUUAUCACCAAAUCACAAAAUACUGCACUAUGGAGACUGUGACGAGAAAAGUACACCAAGUCUAGAAGAACUGGGAGCAAAAUUAGCAGUCUCUGAUAUUAAAUGUGUGGUAGUUGGUAAGGAAUGUCCUCAUAUGAAAGAUUUGAAAGGCAAGAUAAGCAGUCCACAUUUGGCAUUUUCCCUCAUAUUGAAGGCUGCUGAAGUUCCAUCUUUGGACUUUGUAGCUCCGGAUGAGCAAAUUUUCGAUUACUGGACAGAUGGUAUCAACGCUUUGUUAAAAGAAAAGAUGACAAGCAAAUCUUUUGAGAAUGACUUGGAAACUCUGCUAUCUAUGGAUAUUAAAGUUAGAUUGCUUGAUGCUGAGGGUAUAGACAUACCACAGGACCCUCCACAGAUACCACCAGAGCCUGAAGAUUAUGAUUUUUACUACGAUAAUAACUAAUCUGUAAAUAUGACGAAAGUUGUAAAUAGGGCUUCAACCUACAUUCUUUAUUGCAUAAGAGAUAAAAGCCACGAGGUGCUGCUGUCCUUUAUCUAAAAGGCAGUUAACUACAAAGAAUAGUUUGUGAGUUAUCACUAAAAUAUGGGAAUUUAGAAAAUGUGAUGUUUAAAAAAAAAGUCCUAUCUAAAACUACUCUAAACUAAACAUUUUGGGCCUACACAGCCACAGCAUUCGUUUUUAGAAACACUACUUUUGCAGUUAAAUGCUUUUUGAAAAAAGGACAAACACCCAGUAGAAGUGAAGCUUUUUGAGUAUUGUAUGUACCAUUUUGUCUCACUUGUUCACGUGAGCAUUAAUUGCAAGACUGCCAAUAAGGGCCGGCGCACAUAUGGCGGAGCGCAGCGCAGAGCAUUCCCGCGAAGUUUUCUAAUCGCGUGACACAUUACGCAAAUUUCUACCAGAGAAUGCGCGAGCACGCGCGGGACUGCGCGAGUAUCCGCACGGAUGCACAAUUGAUUUUAGAUAUUAUUUCAAUGAGGACAAUGUCGAUAAUACUUUCGACUGUGUAAAAUACUCGGCGCUGCGCUCCACCAUAUGUGCGCCGGCCCUUACGCAUUCAUUUGUUGGUUUUACUUUUGGCCAGACAGAUAUCCAUCCCAGUUGUCCAUUAAGUACUUAGCUGCGCUCCAAAGAGGUGUGUGCUGUGUCUACCAAAUUGUACCUCAAAGGAUACCUAUAGUACCCGAUGCGGGCGAGCGCGGGUGAC